AUGUAUAUACCAGCAGGGAGAAACAGCAUAACGAUAGCAGGAAUAGGCAAUCCGACGUUUGACACUUGUUUAACAAGGGGGAAAGGGAUUUAUCUCAAUGAAAAUCAACAUAUUUCUUUCGAGGAUGUUACAGGCAGUUGUUUUGGAGACGUAGCGAAAUGUAAUCUUGGUAUAACCUUUGUUUUAAAUCUAAAAUUAAGAAAUCAGACUUCUAAGUGUUAUGUAUUCAGUAAUGGUGGGGAAGAAGCUACGAACUACGGUUAUGCCAUGUGGUUUGAAAAUAACAAACUUUACGUGCGAAUCAGCACAAAAAGAUUAGAGUGGAUGACCUACACUUCUGCCGUCAAAAUGGAAGAAUUAAUACAGAUUGAAAUGUCCUGGAGUCGGCAGAAGGGGAUACAGCUUCGUAUUAACAAGGAAACCAAAGCAGCAAGCAAUCAAUGCAUUUCUCGACCUGCAGCAUCAUAUACAGUCAACAAAGACUUCGUAGUUGGUGGGUCCUCGAAGGGAGAUAACGGUUGUCUGAUGAUUUUAGAAUACUUCACCGUGGUAUAUGCUUUUAGGGAUAUUGUUAAUGGUACAGGAAUUUUACCAGAUCUAGGUACACAUUGUGAUCGUAAUACUACUGAAGAAGUUCAAUGUCAAGCAGCUGUACAAAUGACAUCUACUGACAUCGCUUUCGUUUCAACUUUUGGAAUAGCCAGUGCUCUUUUUGCAUGCAUAAUAAUAUUAUUUAUCUUCAUCGGAUGA